AUACAGAAAAAAACAUUUCCCCCUCUCUGUCGGAUAUGAAUUGUUUUGUGUUCUCUCUCUCCUCAGCUCUGCGUGAUAUGUGCUUCACGUGUUCGCGCGCCACAGUGAGGUAGUUCAGUCCAAUCAGCUCGUAAUGCACAUUUAACCCGGUGUGUGUGUGUGUGUGUGUGUGUAUGUGUGUGUGUGUGUGUAGUCUGCAUGCCAGGGCUCUGGAUGUGUAUGUGAACUGGUCUGGGUGGAUAUGUAUUCUCUCAGUUCAUUUUCCAAGUGGAGUGUUUGGAUUGUGCAUCAUCCCGCGAUGCUCCUCGUGCCUCUCCUCUGGCUGGCGUCGCAGGCUCGCGCUGCUCCAUCCCUCACAACCGAACAGAUGGAUAUGGGGGUGGAUUGGCUGAGUAAGUUCGGAUACCUCCCGUCGGCUGACCCGGUGACCGGCCAACUGCAGACCAAGGAGGCACUGACCAAGGCGAUUAAAGCCAUGCAGCGAUUCGGAGGCCUGGAGGAGACCGGAGUGUUUGACCAGGCAACCCUAGGUUUAAUGAAGACGCCACGCUGUUCGCUGCCAGACAUGUCCGAGCUGGAGACAGCGGCUGGCAGGAGAAGACGAGCUCUGGCACCUCAGAAAAAGUGGACCAAGAGACACCUGUCCUGGAGGGUGCGGACAUUUCCCAAGGAGUCGGCUGUGCUAGGAAGGGAAACGGUUCGAGCCCUGAUGUACUACGCGCUGAAGGUGUGGAGUGACAUCACGCCGCUCAACUUCCAUGAGGUAGCGGGAAACAAGGCAGACAUCCAGAUCGACUUCACCAAAGCAGACCACAACGAUGGCUACCCUUUCGAUGGGCCUGGUGGUACUGUAGCCCACGCCUUCUUCCCAGGAGAACGCUUCACUGCAGGGGAUACACACUUUGAUGAUGACGAAGCUUGGACUUUCAGGUCUCCAGAUUCUCAUGGCAUGGACCUGUUUGCUGUGGCAGUACAUGAGUUUGGCCACGCCAUAGGACUCGCACAUACAUCUGCUAUGGAGUCCAUCAUGCGUCCGUAUUACCAGGGGCCAGUGGGAGACCCACUCAAGUACGAUCUCCCUUAUGAAGACAAGGUUCGAGUCUGGCAGAUUUAUGGUGUACGGGACUCAGUCUCACACACGGCCCGUCCAGAUGGCGUGUCUCAUACCGACGAUCCACCUGUUCUAAUGGACUUGCCAGAAAACAAAUCCACAGUGCCUCCAGAACGCGAUGCCCCAGACAGAUGUACCAGUCACUUUGAUGCAGUGGCUCAAAUCCGAGGGGAGGCCUUCUUUUUCAAAGGGAAGUAUUUCUGGCGACUGACUCGGGAUAAGCACCUGGUGUCAUUGAGGCCGACUCAGAUCCAUCGCUUCUGGAGAGGUCUGCCUGCUAAUCUGGAUAGCAUCGAUGCUGUGUAUGAGCGACCCGGAGACCAUAAGAUUGUCUUUUUUAAAGGAAUGAAGUACUGGGUAUUCAAGGACAACAUCGUGGAGGAAGGCUACCCACGCCCCGUCAGUGAUUUCGGCCUACCGAUGGAGGGCGUAGACGCUGUCUUUGUCUGGCUACAUAACGACAAGACGUAUUUCUUUAAGGACAACCAUUACUGGCGCUAUGACGAUCAUCUGCGGCAUAUGGACCAGGGCUACCCGAAAGACACGACGUUAUGGAAAGGGAUUCCAUCUCAGCUAGACGACGCCAUGCGCUGGUCUGAUAGUGCCUCAUACUUCUUCAAGGGUAAGGAGUACUGGCGAGUGGUGGGCAGUGAUAUGGAGGUGGAGGCAGGGUAUCCACGCCCCAUCGGCAUAGACUGGCUGGUCUGCAAGGACAUGCAAUCGGAUGCUCCACAGACAAGGAAUAACGAGACAGGUUCACAGCUGACCGGACAGCACCACUCGGAUCACGCCGAGAACGGCUACGAGGUGUGUUCCUGCACCUCAGACUCGGGCUCGUCCGCUGGCGCACGCCUGCAGCUCGCACCUGCCUGGCCGUUGGUAGCCUUCUUAAUACUGACACACACCCACGUGUAUGGCACACUCUGAUGAUGGGGACGCCACAGGCCUGUACUGGCAUAGACACGGACACUGAGAGUGCGUAUGCAGUGGCUUGUGGGAAGGACAGAGGGCAAAUUUACACUCCCAUCAUUGAUCAUUACUUACAUCUGGCUUUUUUUCUUUAAAUCAAAACUGGAAAUUUGUAAUUAUAUUAUAAAUCAUUCUAGCUGCAUUGGAAUUCUUUUGCGUGCUCAAAACAGGUCCAUGUCAAGUAUUAUCUGCUUUUCUUUCCCCCCGUCAUGCAAUGAUAAGGACAUUCAGUGUUUAAAGAGAGGAAAAACAAAGGAGGUCAAUCUGUAUUUUCCAGACUAAAAGUCACACCGGGUUUAUAUCAUGCACCACCCCAAAUAAUGUCUGCGUAAAAAGAAAUCAAUGUACAGUAUAUGUUGUGUUAUUUUUGUUUCAUGCAAUGUUUAUUAAAAUUGCGAAUUUUUUAUUUAUUUAUUUUUAUUUAUUUUUUUUAAAGAAUUAUGUUAAACAUCAAAUGGCUCAGUCAUGUUCAGUCAAGUAGUCAAAUAAUAUCCAGUGUUCAAAAUACAACUUUGUCACAUGACCCACCAUGCAUGGUCCAUACGUGUGGCGGCCUGGGAAACCAUUUUGACUUAAAAAAAAAAAAAUUAACUAUGUAUAUAGUUCUAAAAAUUGCAGAAAUGUUUCUCUUUUGUGUGCAUUUGCACCACAAGUAAAGUGAUAGUAUUUUAAAAUCUCGUUACUCUCAAAAGUGAAAAGGGAGAUAAUUGUGUUUAAUAGAUUUCAUUCCGACCGCUAAGAAGGAGCAUCGUUAACAAAAAGGACUUAAUAGCAGCAGGAAUGAAAACCGAGCUGUACUGUGCAUGAAUGAAUUUGAGGCACUGCUUGCUUCCGCCAUAGCCGCGGUUCUCCUACGGCAAUGUAACCGGUUUGAUAUACUCGCCAAAACAUGAGGUGUAGCUGAGCUAGUUUCACGUUUUUCAAGCGUGUUGAAUUAGAGCUAUAUUUACACAGAUAACAACAUUAUUCCUUUAAAGAAUUCAGAGCAGUUGUGUCAAAUAUAUUCAUAACUGAACCCAUUUUUAUAAAGCGUAUUACAGACU